AAGUUGGCUUCGAUAUCGAACGAUCUCGAUCUAGUAAACGAUGACUACUCAUUUUUGAGGGGGUGAGAAUGACUGAUGAUCGGCUGAACAGCGCGAUUUCUUCGAAUCUUCGUUUUUGUGGAUUUUGAAGAGAAUCAUGGCGGGUCGGAUCGUCAAGUACAAUCGGUACGGUAACACACUUAAAAAAUUUUUGUUGUUCGCUGGGCUGUGGCCGGUGGCCAAUGCGAGCCUUUUCUAUCGAGUCAUUCCCUUCCUUCAUCUCUCGGCCGAGAUUUGGACGCUGUGCGCGAUCCUUAAUUUCUGCUGGCAACAUGGGACAAAUUUUCGACUCCUCGUCAAAGGACUUGGCUUAGCCCUCAGUUUUCUCACGACUUUGCAAAAAAUGUUUUGUUUGUUGCUAUAUCGAGAUCGGUUGAUCGAGUUACAUACGAAUCUGGAAGCAAGUUUUUCCCAAGAUCUCGAGGACUCGGAGCUGCGGCCAAUAUUACUAUCGCCUUUGCCAAUGUACUACCGAGCUUCGUUGGUCCUGUCAGUCGGAGCGAUUUCAUUGCUCAUAAUGUACUGGGUAGCUCCAAUUUUAUUAAUAAUUAUUCAGGUCGCUCAUGGCGCGAGUGUCACAAAAUACAUUUUACCAUUCACUACGAUUUAUCCGGGCUCGAUCGGUCCCACAAACGCAUGGCUGUACUCGGGUUUGUACAUUUUCGAGAUUUACGCCGGUACCUUCGUCGGCUGCAUCGCAGCAUCCGUCGACUCCCUCUUCGCCUAUUACAUCUUCCAAAUAUCGGGACAACUCCGCACGCUAUCACAUCGUUUAAAUCAAUUGAAAGCGAACGAAAACGACGAGCAAGUAAUCAGGCAAUGCGUCUCGAGGCAUCGCGUUCUCACGCGGUGCCAAGCUCAUCUCGAACGGAUCUACGGACCGGUGGUACUUUGGCUAUCGGUUACAAACGCCAUGAUUAUGUGCGCCAUGAUUUGGCAAGCUGCUCACAUAAACCCGAAAAAAGCCAUGAUCGUUGGCAUAUUCAUCGUCAUGAAGGCCAUUCAAACGCUCUUCUAUGGCUGGCUUGGCACGUCCUUAACCGUCGAGAAUGACAAAUUUCGAGACGCGAUCUACGCAACCGAUUGGCCAGGCUCGGGUAAAAAGUCUCUGAUGACCAGCAUCCUGACGAUGAUGAUCUACAACAGGCCGUUCGUGCUUAAAGCCUGCUCAGUCGCGACCAUAUCCGUGGACAUGUUUCUCGCCGUCUGCAAUACCGCCGUCUCGUAUUACUUCAUGCUACGAACUUUGGAGGAACGGAAAGGCCUGAUAAUAUAAUUGUAAUGAUUUGCAGGAAUAAAUUAUCGAAUGUGUGUAACGAA